CUGGCUCCACGGUUCCUCAUUCACUAGAAGAUGGCGGACUGCGCUCCACUAUUAGAUGAGGAACUCUCGUCCUUUGUCUUCAGUUACCUGACAGAAAACUCCGGCAGCCAGUAUGGGGAGGAGGAGGUGUGUUCGGAUCGCUUGGACACCGACUUCCCGGACAUCGACCUUUCCCAGCUGGACACCAGCGACUUCGACAGCGUCAACUGUCUCAGCGAGCUACAGUGGUGCAACGAUCAGCCGGCGGACGUGUCACCGGCCUCCAUCCACUACAGCACAGCAGAUGAGCUCUUUGAGAUAGAAGAGGAGAAUGCGGCUCUGCUCGCCGCUCUGACAGACAGUUUGGAUGGCAUGGUGGAUGCCGAGGUGGGCGGGCUCUCCGUCUUCCCCGCCUUGGGGGAGGAGCCUGACCAGGAAGAGGAAGACGAGGACCGUCUUUCUCUCAGCACCGAGGACUUCAGCCAGUCCCUGGGGGCCGAGACAGAGGACCCUUCUCUACUAAAGAAGCUGCUGCUGACUCCUCCCAACGUGCCCACGCCCAUUGACGCACACAAAGAUAGAGUCCCAGGGCAUCGCUAUAGCAACCGAAGCCUGCAACUACGGCCGGUCAGACCACUGGUCAAGAGUGACCUCCGUCAGGAGCGGAAGCCCCGAGCGGUGCGUCCAGCGGGCCGCCUGUGCACAGAACUCCACCGCCACCUCACCACCGCCCGGGACUCGGAGGAAAACCCGGCCCCCGACACAGAGGAGGACGAAGAGGACGAGGAGAGUGAGUCGGAGGAGGAUGAAGAGGAGGAGGAAGGGGAAGAAGAAGAGGAGGAGUCUUCCAGCAGCGAGGUGGAAGGUGUGGCAGUUGUGGCAGCCGUCCCCGCUGAGCCAGCGAAGCCACAGUUUAGCUCAGAGAAAGAACUGCACUCCGUGGUAGAGCUGAUCACGUACAUGCACACCUACUGCCUGCCCACACGUAAGCAGCAGGGCUGGGAGCGUAAGGACCGGGAAGCCCCGAGGCCUCGGGCCAGACCUGAGGCCUCCCGCCUAGCUACCACAAACUCUCACAGCAGAGUUGUUUUGGUGGCUACUCCUGGGACUAGUGGGGGUUUUACUGGGACAGGCAGUGUCCCCAGGAGGCUCCCAUUUGCAAGGCGAAGGGAGAUGAAAGCCAACUCCCUUCUGCGUGAGCUUCUGCAACAGAGCAGCUCUUUCGAUGUGAGCAAGCCUUACAGACUGCACAGCCCACCUUACUCCCACAGCCCUAACAGAGUAGGAGUAUCUACUCCUUCUGCCGUGGCAAAAUCAGCCUCAACCCACUUCCCCAGCUCCAGCACCCCUAAGCUAGAGCUUCGUAAAGACUCCUCUUCACAUGAGAGGAGAAGCUACUCCUCGGAGGCGCCUCAAAGCCCAGAGGAGACCGCAGAAGACGGUGGCUCCUUCUCGGUUCGACGCUCCCGACGCCUGGCCUCCUUCCCCAGCCGCUUCGCCAAGAGGCUGCGGCCUGGACGAGCAAGGGAAGGAGAGGGGAAGGACAGGGAGGAGAGGGAGGAGGGACGAGCAGGGGUCAAACUCAUGCCAACCCAAGCAGGAGGGGGGACGACGACGGAGAAGCAGCCAGAGCAACUUACGUCGGGUGACGACAGCACUGGUACAACGGAACCAACCAAACCCUGCUGCCACGAAAAGCGAGCCUGCCUCUGUCUGCCUCUCAACCCCAAGUCCACUGGCAGAGAGUCCCAGUACAGCACCAAGUCUUUUGAGCAGACGCUCGGUGUGGAUCUGUGUGGAACGGCAGGUCUCACCCCUCCCACCACCCCGCCUCACAAACCAGUGGAAGAUGAGCUCUUUAAGCCAGCCGAGGGAGGAAAGGGAGGUGAAGGAACAGUUGGUGGCGAUGGUGGCAGUGAGGCCUCAAGCACCAUCACCGCUGCGAAGGGCUCGUCCUGGCCCAGCCGCACCCACCACCAGCGGAAGCUUCCAGAGCAAACGGAGCUGUAUGCCCAACUGCGGCGCAUGGGCCAGGCCGGCGACAUAGACACCCACCGCACCUUUGGGGACCACGACUACUGUGCUCUGAGCCUUGGGGAGAGCCGCAAGCGCAGCGCCGCCAUGCUCGGCGCCAUUUUGCAGGCGCAAGGAGGGAGCGAUGGAAUUGGAUCCCAAGCAACCAAAGCUGCGGAUGAUCAGGUAUCGGAUGGAAAUGGAAAGGAGAACAGGGAAAGGCUGGACGUGUCAGAAAUCGCAGAACUGCUUGAGCACCACACGCCGACGGUGGUGAUAUCAUCAUCACCGCCGCUACACUGCCAGUCGCCAGCUGCCACGCCGCCGGUCUCAGAGGAAGAGGCGGAGCGCUCGUCUGCGUCUCGCUCCCCCUCCCCCAUCCUCCUGUGUCCUGACUCCCCCGCCAGCAAGACAGACUCCAGUGAGAACUCAGAGAUCUGUACCGACGACAAGCAGAGGAACAAAGCCAAGUCUGACGAGGACAACUGCCAGGUGUUUUACAUCCACAACCUGCCAACCAGUGUGACCCAGAACAUGCUGAGGAAACGCUUCCAGGUUUUUGGCAAACCUGAGGACUGCAAAGUCAUCAUCUGCAACGAAGAACGCUGUGGGGUGAUAAAGAUCCGCCAGUCGGGGGUCCAAAAGCACUGGAGAGAGCGGGAGACUGUUUUCCAGAAUGGACCGGCAGGCCUACGGAGGCUGACAAGGAAACGCUACAUAGAUCUUGAUGAGGCAGGUCCGGGCCCUGUCAAGAGCAAGUACGAUGCACUGGACUUUGACACUCUGCUGAAGGAGGCCCAAAAGUCCCUGCACCGCUGACAGCCCGGCACCCCUGACUGGCCAGCCUUAGUACACUGCAGCAACACCCCUCCUACUACUGGGCUCUGCCAUCCGACAGGCCUUUUAGUACCUCCAUGCAAGGCAACUUCGCAAAUGUUUACAUUUUUACCAUUGGAAUAAAGUAACGAUAAGGACCUCGUUGUUUUUUAAGUUUCUUUCACCGGAGGAUACUGCUUAAAAACGAGGAAGCCACUGGGAGUCCGGAGGAUUUAAGAGACAAUAGAGGAAGUAGGAAUGUUUAACAGCAAUGGUACAACAACUACAAACGAUAAUGAUAGUUCUUUGCUGAACAACAAAAACCAAGCCGUCUGUGUUGGUGGCACCAUCGCCCGUCUGGAUGAGCGGGCAUGAGAGACCUCUGUAGCAAAUCCUUGCUAUUCCUGCGUUGCGUUGGUCGUCGUGGUGUGUGUUUCUGCGUGUGCGUGUUCUUUGUUCUGUUUGUUUUGUAAAAAAAAGAAAAAAUAAAUACUCCCUUUUUCCGGUUACGUGUGGUGAACCUACAAGUUGUGUUCGCCAUGAAGUUGUGUGGUUGUAUAACCAGAACAAAAAAAAUUAACCCUGCUUUCUUUUAGCAAAAAUUGUGGAUGUUACAAAUUUCAAAAUCCUAUUGUGUGUGUGUGUGUGUGUGUGUGUGUGUGUGUGUGUUAUGGACAAAGAAUAUGGAAAAAAAAAACAUUUAACGUAAUCAUUUGAUGACUGAUAAAGUUUACAAAUCUAAAAUGAAGAAGAAAAAAAUCAUGUUUUCUUUUUUGUAACUGUAGUGCUUCCUUGAUUUGAUCUAUGCACUGUAAAGGCCGCGAUCAGACAGAGUGCGUUUGCAGGUUGCAAAACGUGAGGCGCACUGCACUGCCUUUGUUGUUGACGACACCCCGAUCAGACAAGUUGCCUCUUUUUAUUUUUCUUGCUAGGCAUCCAUUGGAUCUUCUUGUUGUUUUGCUUUGAAGUUAAUGACGUCAGGCGCUUUUUACGCUCUGAGUGGAAGUUUUUUUUACUCAGGGCGCUCCGGGGGAAAAAACGCAACUGCUUCACUCUAAUUGAAAACUAUUACACAAAGCCACCCCAGGCUGCUAAAACGCACUAUGUCUGAUCUGGGCCUAAGGAGGCAAAUGACUCCACUGUCCUCCACUUUCCCCUUUGACUCUAAUCUCUAACUCUGCCAUGCUGACUAUUUUGGCUUCUGCUACUGGCUGCUGCAGGCCCUGUUUGCUAGGCGUUUUUAUACAGCAAGACCUCGACUAGGUCCUGGAAAAAACUUAAAUGUUGCACAUGUUGUGAGCUGGCUUCAAAAUAAGAAAAAAAAAAGAAGAAAAUAUUAAAAAUAUUCUGAUCAGAUUUAUUUACUGUCUGUGUAAAAGUAAAUCAUAGGAUUGGAAAAUAGAAAAUAAUUCAAUUUAGAAAUUAUUUAAGGGUUGAGUCAGAAUUGGCUAGUGUCUUUGCGGUUUUUCAGAAGCGUGUUUUUACAUACUUCAUGGGUUGAUUUCAAGUACAUUUCUUUCCCACAUCUAAAAGUGGUUUUAAAGUAUCUUUGAUACUGAACAUGUGUCCAAUAAAGCUGCAGCCUGAUGACAACCCCUGAAAGCCACAGCCAAUGCAACACUUUGUUUACAUUGGGACUGCAGCAAGCAGGCCCAUAAUGGGGAAAUAAAGAUGGUAGCCAUAGACGCAUUUCCAUACCGUGCCAUACUUAGUUCAUUGCUGAACUCAGUAUGAAGUCACCACAUCCGCUCUUUGUCCAGAUCAUCCCAGUCCAAUCUUCUUUCACAACGUACUAUAAGUGCUUUUUCGAUGGUCUAGGAAUAAUUUUUUCCUGGUGAUACAAGUGCUUCAUGUUUGGUUAGCUGGACAUUGGGUUUCAAAAAUACAAAGAACAAGACCCAUUUGCUCUCCGUAAUCCACCCAUGCAAUAUUGCCAUUGCCAGAAGUAGACUAAUCUGUUGCUUUAGAUGGAAUGUAUUCAAGAAUCUGAAUGUAAUCAUCGUAUUUCCCCAACUUCUGCCCAAGAUUGUGGAGUUCUUUGGUGCGUAGGCGUCCCGUUGACUGCAUGUGACAAAUUAAUGGCUUUAAGUACAGUCUAAGUAGGACCUAAUUCACAUUCCUAAUGCAGCCAGUAGCACCCGCCGUAAAAAAGGGAGAGAGCCUCCAAACCCGCCAAUACAGUGGUACCAAACCUACACAGCCAGGGAACAAGCGAGGGAUGGGCUUGAAAGUAAGAAAAACAAUCGGCCGAGAAUCUGGUUUCUCGUCUGCGAGGUACUGUAUCAGCUGAGCAUCUCUACCUCACAUCCAUCCAUCCCUGCUCCUCCUGUGUUUUUUAUUUCCUCCUUCUACUGGAUGCUCUCCCCCAUCUUCUUACUCUUUUUUUGUCAGAAAAGUUCUUCACGUCAGUUGAGUUUUAUGGGUAGUUUGGGGGAUUGUGUUUGAUUUUUUAUAGUAUGACUCCUCCUAAGCCCCUCGUGAGGGGAAUAAUCUCUUUCUCUAACUCUUUCGCUUGCCUCAUAAUGGUUCUUAGCGUGUCCGUUUCUUGGCGUCUCGACCCUGUGUCCGUGUGUAACUGAGUGUUUCGUCUUUGUCUCGUGUUUGAGUUGGACACUGCUGACGCUUGCAGGUUGGUGAGGAGGGGUGGGGAGAGGUUGAACGGGGGCUUGGUGGUUGGUUUGUCCUUGAGUGUGCUUGAAGAUUCCCUAAGUUUUCCUGUUUUCUCUAGGGACACGCCAUUCUUCCUGAUUUCCCCAUUUUUCCUCUCCUUGCCCAGGAAUUUCAACAAAACGCAGACCGACUCACUAACUUUAACUCAAUUGCUUUCCGUCUCUCACGGGUUCAAGGCCCCUUUACCAGGUCUUCCACAAACCCUGGUAAACUCCCCGCUUUUUAAAAGGUAAUCCUCCAGCCCCAUCCUCUUCCUUGUCUUUGUCUAUUCUAAUCAACUCCUUGGUAACACACAAAAAAUUGAAUGUUUACAUCACUAGAUUCUCCUUUGACUUUAUUAGGAACGCACACUAAGUACAAAGGCGCCUUAUUCAGUGUUAAAAAAGCAAAACAGCAAGUGAAGUGGCCUAGAGGCCUAGCGUUACCUUCCUCCAGGCUCACUGAUGUCUAAAACUAAACAAAUACAAUUUAGUGCUAUACAUACUGAUUGAGAAACAAGGUGUCAACUUUUUUUUCUUUUAAAGGAAGAAAAAAAACCGACAUUUUAACAACUAAUUGCAACUGAAUGAGUAUUUGUGCUUAGUAUGUAUACUACUAAAAAGUGAGAGAAUGUGCUGGUUUACAUAUUAAAAAAGUAAAUAUAUUAUAAUAUAUGAAUAUAAAAUGUGUAUAUAGCACUAUGCCUCGUUGUAAACAUAAAAUGUAUUGUGUGUGUGUUGUUUUUUUUGUUGUUUUUUUAAAGUGUCGGGUCAUAGUUGAUUGCUAAUCAGACAUAUGGUCAGGUCAGUUUAGUUCCAAUGACUUCAUGUUUUUUUCAAUACAGGGAGGAAAUGAAGGGAAAAUAUUAACAUAACACAAAGUCCAACACUGUUGUAUAAGAGACUAAAAGAGAUACAAGUAGAUUCAUUUUCUUUGCUGUUUAUGAAAUGACUAAAUAUUUGUUAAUGUUUUUGUCGUUCUUUAAAAGCAAUUUGAAAUGCAAUACAUAAUAAUCUUAUCUUUAAGACAGCCUUUCUGAAAAACUGAGGUAAUAAUGUACAGGUAGUAAUGUGUAUGGUUGGCAACACGGGCAAUCUUUGAGCUGCAGAUUCAAUAGGCUACUGUACUGUAUGUAGACUGCUGUUAAACACACACAAAAAUCAUAAAAAUCUACAGGAGGAAUGUGGUAAGUUGUGCCGUAAACACAUAACACGUAUACAAAACGAAUUGUAUUGAUAUACUCUUGCACAAAUAACGUCCCAAGUAGUGAAAUAUCUUCACCAUUUUUUUCUUCUUGUUGAAAAGGAAGCCAUUGUAACUAUGUUAUUACCAUUUUUUUGAUGGUGCACAGGUUUGUUCAGAUGUGAAUUGCAUUGAACACUUACAGUAACAGCAAAUAACUUUACAUGUAUGACUGGUAAAGGAAUGUGGGAGGGAGAAAAAAAGCAAGUUGUUGCUGGUUUGACCCGGUCGCACUAGUUGAUACAGAUGAGAUAGACACUGUAGAAAUCUCAGUUUCACUGCUGCACCUCGACUUCAUCCCAAAAAGGAAGCAUUUGGAUUGAAUCAAUUACAAUUAAAUAUAAGUUACAGAAUGGCGUUAUGGUCCAACUAGCUGGGAGGAAGUCUAGUUUUGUGUUAGCAAGAUUGUAAAGUACUGAAGCAGGAUGAAUGGUAAAGCAGGAAGGAAGCCUGAUUUGACAAAUUUGUGAAUGCUGCAUAGAAACAAACAGUAGUUUUAAUUCAAAGUUGUAUGAGAGAAUGGUGGAAGUCAAGGGUGGGAAUGGGAAAAGAUAUUUGCCUUUAAUCUCACGUGGAACAUUUUCGGAUUUAGUUCUUACCGAUGACCAAAAAUGUUACUUUAAAAGGCUUUUAAAUUGGCAAAUCUUAACACUUUGCUAACCUUUUCACAUAAAACUAUUGUAAAGCCAGCUCUUGUUUAACUUGUUGCUUUGUUGUCUUUGUGGAGGACGAGCAUAGUUUCUACUUAUAAUGUAGAAUUCAGACUUCCACCUAUUUGAGGAAAUCUUGAGACUGAAAGCACGUGGUGGGAUUUCUACAGUGGCUGCCGCUGUGCCUGUGAGAGUGCCUCUAUGGUCCUAGAGGUCGAAACAACCCCAAUUUUCAUCAUGGCAAGCCUUAAAAAUCAAUCGGGGUGGGGGGGGGAAACAAAGCUACCACUAGCUUUUAUUUUAGUUUCAACUCCUUUCCAAUCCAAUGUGGUUUAUUAUUAAAUAAUUACUGACGUAAUUAAAACUUUUUUCAAUAGCCAUAUUAUAAAAGAUAUAUACAUAUAUAUGAAUAUAUAUAUAUUUGUGUGUUUGUGUAGAUAUCUAGAUGAUUAUAUACUUUCUUAUAGAAAACUUUGAUGUUGACCAUUCUCCUCAGUGUUUCUGAGAACACGUUGACACAUUUCAACAUAAUAAUAUUGCUGUCUACUUGGUCUAGGUCCUAGGUCGAUGGACAACAAAUUCGUAAAAUAAAAUAAACCGUAAAAAAUAAAAAUUAAAAAAAAGAAUUCCCCUUGUCAGAAUGCAAUACCUUUUAGGAAAAUGGCAAGAAAACCAUAAAACUUGAUAGGCAAGUUGACCAAAAAGAUAAAACUUCAACAACUCAAAAAAAUGUGGCGUCUUCGACGGCCGCAUCAGAUUCAGUUUCAUAGAUGUCUUGUUUCCGAUGCCAUGGCCCACUAAAAACACUUGUUUUUGUGUCACUUACUGUUUUUAGUUUUGGAAAACAAUGUACCUGUCAACUAGCUACACCAUCAAAUUAGCCCCUUCCAGGACAGGUGUGUUUGCAAUACCGGCCUCAGAUUCCACUUCUAUGUUUGAUCUGCGACAUGGUUGUGUCAUAUUUCAGCUUCAAAAGUUGUACAGUACACAGAAACUAAUGGGUAACCUGUCAAACUUCAUGGAAACAGUGAUGUCAAAUAGGCACUUAGUACGGACUGCAAACUGUCAAAAUCUGCUAAAUGUGAGUGGGUGUGUUUUUUUUGAUGGAUACAAAUAUUUUGACAUAAAAGGGCAUACAUUGUUUUUGAUUGUUUUUCAUUACUAUUGACUUUAUUGUCUAUUUACAUCUAAUGACUAUCAAAUUCACAAAUGAUUUUUUUUCUUUUUUUAACUUAGUUUUUGGUAAAACAAAUAAGGUAAAUACUGCUAGUGAGAUUUUAUAUUUUUACAUAUGUUGGUUUUAUUUUUUGCGUUUCUUUUUUUUUAUUUAUACGCCUAGUUUGGAUGUCUUUAAAUGGUGUUUUUUUUCUCCGUUUUGUGUGAUUUCAUAUGUCUUGAGAAUGUGGAGAUAAAGGCAUUUCAGUAUUUUUGAAUUGUUAAAAUCUAGUUUCAUAGAAGCGGAAGUAUCUGAUGUUAUAAAUUAUAUUUUAAUUCAUGUAAAUAGUUUAAAACAGAAGACUAUGGCUUCCUUUUAAACUGAAUACAUUUCUCUUCAGAGAUUGUUUACAUUAUGGAACUGUAGAGAUGUGCUCCUCAUAUACUGUAUAAAGUACAUAUAUUCAUUGAUUUGCCUCCAAAAAUAAAAUCCUAAUGAACAGCA